AUGCAAUUGAUCGAUAAUACGGCAAAUAUCAUGAUCUCUACCCUAAACGAUCCAGAGGAGCCUUUCACACCAGUGUUGGAACAAACAGCGACGAGUGUUACAGGCUGUCUUACGAAUGUUCUGAAGUCUGGUGUAGGCUCGAGUCAAGGCGACACAGACUCCAUAGCAUCUCCGCGAUCUCCAGAGAUAGUUAAAGAGGCCUUCGAAAAACUGAGCAAUAUGUGCGAUGCACUUUUUGGCCGCUUAGUUCCAUCAGAAGAUCUGGUCCUUCAAACUCCAAAGUUGGUAAUAUUUGUGAAAAAGGUCACAGCUAACGAUGCAAAGGGACUCAGCAUGGGAGAUGGACCAAGCAAAUUCAAGCUCCCAAGCAAUCUUGGAAAUUUCGGCAGUGUAGACAUAAAUGCAAAAAUGCAGGCUAUUGAUUUUAAUCCUUUUACCUGGAGCAAUAGCAGCAAGAAAAUCAAAUCAAAAGUCAUUAGUCUCGAGCUUAAAGGUAACAGCGAGGAAAAAAUUAAUAUCUCAAAUCUCGAUAAUGACAUCGAGAUCGUCAUUCCGAUUUCCAAUCCACCUCAGAACUCCAGAAACGGGACAGAACAUUAUUUCCUUAAGCCUAACCGUAUGUCAGUCCGUAGUUAUUACGCAGAACUCGCUAAUGUUCCUGUAUCUCUUAAUAUGGAGGUGGCUAAAGCAGGAAUUCAAAUCAAACUCUUUAUAAAGUUUGGAGGAAGGCCAACUGUGGAAGACUUUGACCACAACGUUACAUUAGUGUCUAACUUUACAUGUGACAACCAAACAGAUGUCAAUUCAACUUGCUUUAUCAGAGGUGGAUCAGUUACAGUGAUGCCAUCUAAGCCAGCCUCCCUCUACGUAGGUUUAUUGUUUAAACCCUCUGAGAGUGAAAGUCAACAUUCUAGGCAACGACGAUCGUGUUUCGGUCAGCGUCGCGAAAGACGGUCCUGUGUUGGGGUCAAGGAUCCUCCGCCCAAAGGAGUUCUCAAAGUUGCAGUUCCAAAGUAUGACCCAAACACAGACAUUAACUACACUUUAACUAUCACCCAGUCAAGUUGUUUGCAUUGGUCAGAGGAAACAGAAGAGUGGACUACGGAAGGUUGCAAGGUAAGCCCAGAUUCAAACACCACGCAUCUUGUAUGCCUCUGCAAUCAUUUGACAUCGUUUGGUGGAAGCUUCAUUCAGGCACCAAAUCCAAUUGACUUCGACAAAGUCUUUAACGAGUUUUUAAAUCUUGCUGAGAGUGGCAAUAUCUCAGUACUUGUAACAAUUUCUUGUUGUUUCCUUUCGUACUUCGUUGUCUUGGUCUUUGCAAGGAGAGCCGACAAGGGAGAUGAAGACAAGAUUUGCCCUCCCAAAGUGAUACCACUUGUUGAUGAAGGAGCCUAUUGCUACGAUAUGGUUGUAAGCACCGGUAUUUGGAAACAGUCAGCAACAAAAGCUAAAAUAAGCAUUAGUAUCAAGAGCGAAAUUUACGAACAUAGUCAAAUUGUAUUACGAGAGAAAGGGGAAACGAGUGAAUUAUUUGGGCGUGGGAGUAUUAAUGUCUUUGUACUCGUGAUGGCAAAAUCCUUUGGUACAUUAAAAGAAAUUACUUUGGAGCACGAUAACUCGGGAGAAAAUCCGUCUUGGUUCGUAGAGACAGUAACGAUUAAGGACCGACAGACUGAAGAAAUGUGGGUGUUCCCCUUAAAUAGAUGGCUUGCCUUAGAGAAAGACGACGGACAAAUAGAGGUUACUGUGGACAGCAGAACGCAUGCUGCCUUUUCUGCUCAUGUUCGUUCGCGCUUUGCUAGGCAAAUUGCCGACAGUCACCUGUGGAUGUCAGUGCUUGGAAAAGCAUGUAGCAGUACCUUCACACGUGUGCAAAGAGCUUCAUGUUGCCUUUCAUUUCUGUUUAGUGCAAUGAUAGCAAAUGCCAUGUUCUAUAACAUUGAUAGUGAAUCUGACGGUGCUAUACAGGUCGGACCAUUUAAGUUUUCUUGGAGACAGAUAGUCAUCGGUGUACAAAGCAGCAUAAUUAUUGCACCUAUAAACAUAAUAAUUGCCUUCCUCUUUAAGUCUAGUAGACCAAAAGAAGAAAGGAGAGAAAGCUGCAAAGCGACAGACGAGGCCCAACGACUUUUGGAUGAAAUAACAGACGCCGGUUGUAUGCUUCCUCAUUUUUUUGUUUAUAUCGGCUGGUUUUUCUGCUUUUGUACGACUAUGUUAGCAGCAACCUUUACACUGUUUUACAGUCUAAUGUGGGGCAAGGAAACCUCUGAGCAGUGGCUUGCUUCUACUUUAAUUUCCAGCGGACAAGACAUUUUCGUUGUACAGCCGACCAAGGUUAUGAUAGCAGUCAUCGUUGUUUCCUUUCUGCUAACGAAAAAGAAUAAAGGAAAAUGUGAAAAAGGAGAAGAAAAAGAGAAAGAAAUUGGAAUCGAUUCAUCUGCAAUCGAGAUAGAUAUUUUGAGUGAUGAUCCCAAACAGUACUUUAAGCGAUAUCAGCGGGAAAAGAUGAGGGAGAGAUCCCAAAGGGAGGCUGCUUUAACACGCAUGACAAGAGACAUCAUUCUUCAUUUAAUAUUCAUGUUUCUUCUGGCUAUCGUAUCCUAUGGAAACAAUAAUGGAAAUCGUUUUCUGAUGACAGCAGAGAUAGGAAAUCGAUUUACUAAGUUUAACCUGGUAAGCGAUGCACAUCGAUUAGAGGCGUGGUUAAAGAAUGAAUUCAUAUUAAACAUUUAUAACCAGGCCUGGUACAAUGGAGACGAAGAGAAAAACAACGUGUUCAUCGAGAACAAGAUGUCGAUCUUGGUGGGGAUGCCUUGGUUGCGACAGCUCAGAAUCAAAAAAAGCUCCUGCAGAUCGCUCUCUAAAAUCAUUUCCAACUGCUAUUACCACUAUUCUUCAGACAACGAGGACACGACUUUACUAAGCCUUCCAGGAUGGAUACCUCUCCCACUCAACGCAUCGUGGCCAAAUGCUCUCCAAAGUUGCCCUAAUCCUUGGCGAUACCAAUCAGCAGCAGAACUUCGUAUUAAUCCCAUCCAGGCUACGUACAAUUCAUAUGAAGGAGGUGGUUAUGCGGCAGUCAUGGGCUAUGACGAAAGCACCGCAAAAGGUGUCCUCGACGAAACUAUUGGCCAGGGAUGGUUCGAUCGCCAAACUCGAGCUGUAAUUCUAGAGUUUGCUGUUUUCAAUGUCAAUACAAACUUGAUCAGUAUUGCCACAUAUUUUUACGAGGCCAUAGCUACUGGUGCAGCCUAUACUUCAAGAAGAAUUGAGACACUCGAGUUGUACAGCACUGAGUCGGGAGCUCUGGUGUUUUUCCUAAUUUGCCAGUUUCUGUUCAUGGCAAUGGUGUUCUUUUACUUCAUAGUUAUGUUAGUUCACCUAUAUCAACAACGCCUAGGAUUCUUUAAGUCUGUUUGGAACAUGGUCGAUUUCUUCAUGAUAACUUUCUCUGUAGCUUCUGUAGCAUUCUACAUGAUCAGAGCUAAAAGUGUUUUAAACACUAUCAAGGCUAUUCAAGCCAAUCCUUAUGAAAUCGCACAUUUUCACACAGCCUUGGAUUGGCUUAACUUAGAAAAUGCAUCUAUUGCCGUUGCUGUUUUUAUGGUGACGAUCAAGCUCCUAAAUUUAAUUCGUUUUAAUCCACACGUAAUAUACUUGUUUUCAUCUUUUCGGCAAUCUAUAGGCUAUCAACUAUCGUACGUGUUCUUCUUUCUGAUCGUGUUUUAUGCAUUUGUCGUCACAGGUAUGCAGUUUUUCGGUUGUGUAGUAUUAGAGUAUUCUAGUUACCUCAACGCAGUUAUGUCACAAUUCGAAUUUGUGUUGGGAAAAGCAGUCCCAAUGCAAGCUCUUCGAAGCGACAAACCCUUUAUUGGUCCGACGUUUGCAUUUUUGUUUUGUAUAUCCACAACUGUGUUUCUCAUGAAUAUGCUUGUUUCUGUACUCAACGAAUCAUACGGUGAUGCUAAAACAAACGCAGAAGAAUGCGCAAAAGAGCUUGAAAUGGCACGUUUUAUCGAGGAGCGUUUAACGGACAUUUUCGAUAAGGGAAGUAAUCGGACUGAGUUUAAGUUGUUUUGUGAUGAGACGACAUUCUCCAACAUGUGUCUUUCUGAUGCAGAGCCUUUCUGUUUGAAUUCUGAAACUAUUAUCCAGUGUACUGAGGAACGAAUGCUAAAAGUGGAGAAAAGGCUGCUUUUGCUUUCUCGACGUACAGAAAACUUUGAAAGUGAUCAUUUAAAGGAGGAAAAUGACUUUAUGGAACUAUUUUAUCUGAUAACUAAUCCUUCUCGUCGUUAGUUAGACAAACAAUCAUGAGUCAGUCCCUGAACGCAGAGAUUCUUUUUCCUUGGUUACAGAAAAUUUAGUUUUGCCUCUCAUUUAUUUGGAAGUAUAGAAAAAAAAAAAGAAAAAACCGCACUUAGUUAGAGCACUAGAAUGCCACGCGUGAGUUCGAAGGUUCAAGCCCCAUAGGUUUAUGAGGAGCGCCUCAGGAGCAAAAAAGCCCGCAAGGUGUUUGCGUGACAAAAAAAAAUAAAAGGCGAAAUUAAAUGAAGCCUGUAAAACCUCAAAGCAUGGUAAAUAAGCUAAAUAUGACUAUGUAAAAUACAGCUGAAACUGAUCAUGAUACUCGAAAUCGACUAGAAGAAACAAUAAAUAAUAAUAAUAAUAAUAAUAACAAUACUUUAUUCAAUCAGAUCACAAAAAAGUAAAUAAUUUGAAAGAAGGGGAGACACCAGAGGUUAGCCCUAUCGAGGGUGUUUCUAAAAUAAUCAUCUAGUUAAACAUCUAUUUGAAUAUACAAAAUAUAAGAACAUUGAGUUGCGAUUUAAGUAUAUACAAUACUUACUAUAAAAACUUUUUACAAUAUUAUUUAAAAAGGUAAUUCUUGACUUUGGUCUUUAAUGUUCGCAGAGAUUCUGCUUCAACUACGUCUUUAGGUAGUUUAUUCCACAGGUUUACGAUUCUGACAAAGAAUGGGUACUUGUAACAAUUUAAUCUAGCUGAUUUGAUUUUCAAUUUGUAACAAUGAUUAGAGCGGAAAGGACGAAAGGCACUAGCAUAAGUAAACAAAGAUGGAUUUAGGCUGAUAGUUUCGAA